GCAAACGAGACGGGGCACCUCGCCUCACGUGUCCUCCUCGCCCCCAAAUCCACUCCGCUCUCCGCCACGCGCCGCUCCCCCCUCCUCCUGCCUGCCUCACUCCCCUCGCGGUCUCGCCCCCGCCUCCGACGCCGCCUCGACCUCCGCAGAACCACUCGCUCUCGAUCCCAGCGACCAGCGCCCGGAAGAGGGCGAGGACGAGCCCGCCCAUGCUGACCUCCUCGCUCGGCCCCUAGGCUCUUAGACAGCGCCACAAGGACGCGCGCGUGUCGCGGAGGGAUGGGGUACCUGCCGUCGCUGGGCGGCAAGGCGGCGCACCUCGUCUCCGACCUCGCCACCGUCAUCCUCAACCCCGUCUCCGGCCACGAGCGGGAGCGCUCCUCCCACCUCCCCGAGGCCACUGAAGGGCAGGAAAAUCUUUAUGGUGAUGAAGAAUCUGAAAUUCCUAAUGGCCCCGACACAUCUUCGUUUCGAGCAUUUCUGAUGUCAUUUAUGUCUGCGUCAAGCUCUAGCAAUGAUUCGAUGGAGAUCAUACCUGAGCAGGAUCUGGAUAUGGAAUACCCAACUUUAACACCUGUUGGGAGGGGAAUCAAGGAAAGGAAGGGGUUGCUUAGUAGAGGCAAGCAUUCCAUUGGAAAGAUUAUUAACAAGGCAGGUAGACUUGGUGGUUUCAGACAAAAAUCCGGCCACAUCGUUGAUAACGAAAUAGCAAAUCAAAUAGAGUCAAUGUCGUCCGGUUUCGCUCUCAAGGUAUCAAAGGGGUCUGCUUCAAAUCAUAAGUUGCCGCCUAUGUCUGAACCAUCGAUGCUUUUAUCAGAAAUGAUGCGAAAUGUUCUUUAUCCAUCUCUUCCUGUUCUUGUUCAAGGAAAGAACUGGAUGCUGGUUUACAGUACCUGGAGGCACGGGGUAUCUCUAUCUACUCUGUACAGAAGGAGCAUGCUUUGCUCUGGUGAUUCACUUCUGAUAAUUGGGGAUAAAAAGGGAGCAGUUUUUGGUGGUUUGGUAGAGGCCCCUUUGCGGCCGAUCAUGCAAAGGAAAUAUCAGGUUUCACUUCCACACAUAUUCUUAUGGUGUUUCUUCGAUGUGUAUUCUACCUUACAGGGUUACACUGAUUGUGUUUACGCCAUCUUUCAGGGGACCAAGAAUUGCUUCGUGUUCACCAAUGUAGCUGGCCGCCCUGUUGUAUAUCGUCAAACAGGUGCUAAUAACUAUUUCACGUUUUGUUCCCCCGAGUAUUUGGCAAUGGGAGGUGGUGGUCACUUUGCACUUUAUCUUGGUGAAGACCUCCUGAAUGGUUCAAGUUCUACCUCAGAAACGUUUAACAACCCAUGCCUGUCACUUUCCCAGGACUUUGAAGUCAAACAUGUUGAGUUGUGGGGCUUCGUCAAUGCUUCCAAGUAUGAUGAGAUGCUCACCGUCUGCCGCACCGAGAAACCUGGAAUUUGGAAUUUGUGAAUGUUCACAACUUUUCGGAACCGUUGAGACUUGAUGCUAGGUGUUGUUCUGAUGGCUUGUACAGUUUAGUAAGUAUAUAGGCCUCGUUAGAGUCUGACUGGAAGUGGUAAAGUAAAAGGUAUGUAGGAAAACUAGUUCGCUUGUCGAUCUAAGGAGGUGAAACAAGAGCGCAACUUGGAACUUGACUGGAGCAACUUCCUGAUCGUGCUUGUAAAUUGUAGUGUACUCGAAUUCUAAGCAUUUAGAUAUGUACCAGUAUACAUCCCCAUGUUCCGCUUAUCUUACCAAUGAUACACUCGAAGCGCUGAUAUCAUAUGAGAGUGCACACCUGGUGCAAUCCUUCUGAGAACAAUAAUAAGAAAUACUUAUAGUA